CGCCUCCGUGCGUCAGUUUGUCCGUACAGUGUGGCAUAUCCGUGUGUCAGUUCGUCCGAACGGAGAAUAGUUGCGUUCGUUUGAAUGUAUGUUCGUGACAGUUUCCAUUCGUGUUCGAUCGAGUGAGAGGACGGCGUGGGAUACUUGUGAACGGUCCUGGGCUUCGUAGCUUUUUGGCAGGGAGGUGGUGCGGUGCUAGGAGACUUUACCUCCUUGAAACUGUUAUACUGACUGUUUCAAGAGCCCGUGACAACUGACUGUGCCUGUGGCUGCCUGAGCCACAUGCCAGGAUAAAGAACAAUACAAGAGAACAAGGAACACAAAAGAACAACGCAACAUGACAGAGGCCCAAAGGAAAUUUAUGAGGAGCGCCCGUCAGGGAGACCUGAGCGGGGUGCAGCGGGCCCUGGACCAAGGUCGGGGCCAGGUCCAGGUCAACGGAGUGGACCAGGAGGCCUCAGGGCGGGGCCGCGUGGCCCUCCACCACGCCAGUGAGGGUGGCCAUCUGCAAGUGGUCCACCUGCUCCUCCAGGCUGGUGCUGACCUCAAUAUACACAGCAAGAAGUCAGGCGAUCAGGGAGGAACAGCACUCCACCUGGCGGCGGAGGCUGGCCACACCCACGUCAUGGAAGCCCUCCUGCAGAGCCACGCUAACCCAGAGGCACUCGACGAUAAAGGCAGGCGAGCCAUACACUGGGCAGCGUACACAGGUCAACUCAAGUCCCUGGAGAUGUUGAAGGACUACAAGUGUGACCUCCACGCUCUGGACCACGAGGGGUCGUCGGCCCUCCACCUGGCCGCGGCCUUCGGGGACCUGGAGGUGGUCAAGUGGCUGGUGCAGAACAAGGUGAGCUGUGACCUCAGGGACCACAGGAACCGCCUGCCGAAGGACGUGGCCAGGGCCAGAGGACUCGUUGACGUCCACCACUUCCUCAAACAACACACCGCUAAGCUAAGCUUUUCUUGGGGAAGAGCGAGGAGCAGGACGAGCCUCAACUCUGAAGAGGAACUCUCGCAAGACAAAAUGAGUGACUCCCAACACGACCCUCCUGCCAUCCAGGAGGAUACGAGCCAUCAUACUCGGAAGGAAGAGAGACGGACGAAUGAGAAUGAGCAAGAGGCAAGAUGGAAGAAGAAGGAGGAAGAGGCCAAGAAAAAGAGAGAGGAAGAAGAAGAGGCGGCCAGGAAGAAAAGAGAGGCAGAAGAAGAGGCCAAGAAAAUGAGAGAGGCGGAGGAGGCGGCCCGGAAGAGGAGAGAGAGAGAGGAAGCAGAGGAAAAGGAAUUUGCCCUGGCGUCGCUGAAGGAGGAGGUCAAUCACCAGCUGCAGAAGUUGGAGAGGGAACGCCUGCAGGUAGCGGCGGCUCAGGAGCGGCUGAAGCAGCUCCUUGACCAGGACAUAAACAGCGACCAGACCAUCUCCACACUCAGGCAACAGCUGCUCGACCAGAAGAGGACCAACGACCAGACCGUCUCCAUGCUCAGGCAACAGCUGUCUCAGGUUACGAAGGAACUGGAGCAGAUCAAACAGCAUUACCUCGACACUCAGAACGAGCGAGAGUGUAGGGAUAAUGUGAUGCUGGAGCGAGAUAAGGAAGAGAGAGAGGCGAUGCUGAAGCAAGAUAAGGAACAGAGGGAGGCGAUGCUGAAGCAAGAUAAGGAACAGAGGGAGAUGAUCACAGCUCUUCAAGAACAGGUUGAAGAGAGCUCCCUCAAGCAGAGGCAGUACGAAGAAGCCUUGACUCACUGUGAGGCACAGCUGCGAGAGAAGGAGAAGGACCUCAAGGAACACCGGCGGAAGGUGGCCCAGCUGGAGGAGGAGGUCCAGAGUGAGACUCGAAAGCUGGACGCUGAGACCAACACCCAGCUUACUGCUCUGUAUUCACAGCUGCGGGAGCAGGAGGAGACGAUCAGAGAGCUUCUGGUGCAGGAGAAGCUGCUGAAGCAAGCCAACGAUGACAUCAAUACGAAAAUCCUUCAGAUGUACAAAAGAUCAGAGCAUCAUGAAGAAUCAGCUGCCCGUCUGCAGGAAGAGCUAAGAGCCAAAGAGCGGGAAAUAGAGGAGCAGGUGACCAACCACCAGAGGACAGAGGCCGCCCUCAGAGGUGAGCUACAGACCAUGGCCCAGGAGCUGGAACACCUGCAGGAGGAGCGGGUGAAGCUGCAGGUGCUGCAGGAGCAGGACAAGACCAACAGACAGACCAUCGCCACACUCACCCACCAGCUGAACCUCGCCGCCCGCCGCCAAGACGAGGACAGCAGAAGGGCGGACUCCGAUCACAGUGAACAAAAAGAAAGAGUGAAAGAGCUACUGGAACAGGAGAAACUCAACAAGAAGAACACAGAGGAACUGAAGAAAAGCAUUUACCAGAUGUCUCUCAGACUUGGAGAACAGGAGGAGACCAUUGAAACAUACAAGGAGAAGCUCCUGGAGAAGGAGAGAGCGCUGAAGGAGAGCGAGGAGCAGUCGUUGCAGGUGGCAGGAGCCCUGAAGGAGGAGGCUGACCAGUUGAAACGAAGAUUAGACAAGGCGCAGGAAGCACUCAGGGAACACGAGAUGAACAGUAAGAACAUCGAAGAAGAACUUAAUAGUAGCAUCCAGCGCAUGUCAUCCCAGCUCAGAGAACAGGAGGAAGCUAUUGAUGCAUAUAAGAGCCAGUUAAGUAAUAAAGGAAGAGAAGUGGAAGAGGCAGAAGAAGCGAGACGGCAGAAGACAGCAGCCUUGAGACAGGAGGUGGACCGUCUCUCUCAAAAAUUAGACGACGAGCGCCUCAAAGCGACCUCAGUUCAGAGCCAGCUGGAGGAGAGAGUAAAUGAUCUACAAGAACAGGAACGACUAAGUAAGAAGAUCACAGAAGAACUCAAGAACAGUGUUCAACACAUGUCUGAGAAACUCACAGAAAACGUGGAAAUUAUUGAGUCAUUAAAGGAAGAGCUGCAAGAAAAGGAGAGGGACUCGGAGGAGAGGGAUUCCGAACACCAGCAGACUGUGGCCGCCUUGCGGGAGGAGCUGGAGUCUUUGGAACAGCAGCUCGAACACCUCCAGCUACAACAGGAGGAGGGGCAGCAGGAGGCAGCGCAGCAGGAACUCACCAACAAGGGCAUCAUCAGUGAGCUUCAGGACAAACUUCAGGAGAGGUUGGAGCGUCUGCAGGAGGCUGAGAAUAUCAUCUCUUCGUAUCAGGUGCAGCUGAGGAACAAGGACAAGCAACUGGAGCAGCGAGAGAAGGCUAGUGAGGAAUCAGUGGCCCUGCUCAAAGAAAAGAUACAGACCCUCUCUAACAUGCUUGAGGACGAGCACAAGAAGGUGGCGGCUGCUCAGGCGCAGGAGGAGGAGUUGGGUCGCCUGCAGCAGCUGGAUGUCACCAAUAGGAAGACCAUCUCCUCCCUCAAGGAGCAGCUGGCCCAUCUCACUCGCAUCAUGAACCAGGAGACAGAGCAGGCCCAGGGGCUCCAGAAGCAACAGCAGAACAGGAUCCAGGAGCUUCUGCGACAAAUCGACGUCUUCAAGAAGAUUAUCAACGACUUGAACGCGACCUCUGAAGCGAAAGACCAGAAAAUGAGAGAAUACGAGAAAAUUAUCUCUACGGAUCAGGUCCAGCUCAGAGAAGCCAGACAGCAGCUUGAAGAGGGCAGGACGGGCCGGAGCCAGGAGACAGUGACCAUGUUGAGAGAGAAGGUGGACCUUCUAGCAAGGAACCUCGCUGCUAUGCAGGAGGCCGAGAGAGAACAGAGGGAACAGAACAAGGUUCACUUACUGAACAUAGAAGACAUGGCAAACAAGCUCAAGGAAUUUGAAAAGGCUAUUCGAUCAUACAAGGUGAGAGAAAUUGAACUUCUUGAACAAGAUGAUGUUCACCGGACAAAUAUUGCAGAGAUGAACAAAAAGCUAAAAGAACAGGAACAAACCAUCCGUUUAUAUCAGCAGAAGCAAGUUGAUGAGGUCAACCAAAGGAGUGAGGGAGUGACUGCUGACCAGCGGGUGAGUUUCUCCAGAACCCAGGAGGUCACGCCCACGGGCAGAGACCAGCAGGAGGCCACGCCCACGCGUAGGGAUCACUCUGGACCUCACUGGAGGUCAGAUAUCAGUUUGAGGGUGGCGUCGCCCUCCGGCCUGCCCAACCUCGGCAACACCUGCUACAUCAACUCCGUCGUCCAGUGCCUCUUCAACAUCAACUCCUUCAGAGACUACUUCAUAAGAGACUCGUACAGGAGAGACCUUAACCGCGACAGUGACCAGAGGGGUGAGGUAGCCUCAAGCAUCGCCCAGCUCUUCAAAGCCCUUCACUCAGGCAUCGAGAACGAGGUCUCUGAGAGAAGCAAACUUUUGAAGCGGGUGGUGAGCGACCACGACGACGACUUUCGGGGUUCAAACCAGCACGACGCCCACCACCUGCUGGUCGUCCUCCUCACCUGGCUCCACGACGACCUCAAGAACUCAGCCGGGACGUCCCUCAUCGCUCGACGUCUCCACGGGGAGAACACCUUUGUUACCAUCUGCGACAAACACGGCAAGGAGAUCUCCCGCACCUCUGAUGUCUUCUCCGUCCUCUCCCUACCCGUCCCUCCGUCCACCACCUGCUCCCUCCAGGACUUGCUAAUCAGCUUCUACAAACGUAAGAACGUCGAUCGCGAGUGUUCCUACUGCCGGAGGUCCCAUAUGUGUCGCAGGGAGACGAGCCUUACAAACCUUCCUCCUGUGUUGAUUGUGCACCUCAGGAGGUACACCGGCCAGGCUGGCGAGCCGGAGAGGAAGACUUGGGUCACCUUUCCAGCAGACGGACUCAACCUCCAGGACUACGCUCACAACUACCGCAGCCCGACGUACGAACUCUUCGCGGUAGUGAACCACGAAGGGUCGGCCGCCUCCGGCCACUACACCACCUUCUGCAGGAACCAGCACGGCAAGACCUGGCGCCUCUACGACGACGACCUGGUCACCGAGACCAGCCUGGAGACGGCGCUGGAGGAGAGCGAGGCCCAGCUACUCUUCUACACAGAGAAGAGAUGAGGAUCCAAAUAUUUUGUUGCCAUUGUGAAACGAUAAUAAUAAAGAUGAAGGGACGACGAUGUUUCGGGCCGUCCUGGACUAUUCUCCAGUCGAGUCGUUUCGAUCGACUCCGAAACGUCGUCGUCCCUUUAUGUUCUAGUGUGUGGAUUAGUCAACACACUUCAGCCACGUUAUUGUGACUCAUAUUAAUAAAGAUUUAUGAUGAA